GGAGGAGAGUGGGGGAGAGGAUGCUGCUUGGAUGGAUGCUGAGCGCUCCAACGCUGUCUUUCUGAAGCAGGUCACACACGGGCAAAAAACAAAGAACACCACAUCUGUCCCACCGCCUCAGCCGCAGUCUUGGGGUUCAUGCCACUAAUGAUGUCGUUCUGGUGUGCGCGCUACAUGUCAGCAGGACUGCGUGAAUGAUGAGCAUUUCCGGGGGUGCGCUCGGAGAGGACCUUACAGAUGAGGAGAAGGAGAUCAUCAACAGCGUACUGGCUCGUGCUGCUAUGAUGGAGUCCAUGGAGCAGCAGCGGAUUGAGCGUCUGUCCAGUCGCCUGGAUAAUAUCAAGAAGACAGCAUGUGGUGAUGGACAGUCUCAUUGCCUGCUGUGCGGGGCGUCCUUCGGAGCACAGGGGGUCACAGCUGUCCUCUGCGCGCAGUGCAAGAAGCACAUGUGCAGCAAAUGUGGGAUUUGGAUUAACAGCAGGACUUGUCCAAUGUGGCUUUGCCAGAUCUGCAAUGAACAGCAAGAGAUACAGAAACGUUCAGGGGCCUGGUUUUACAAGGGGAGAGAUCAACAGGGGCUGCCCUCCCCCCUGCCCCUUUCCAGACCUCAGCAGUCCAACACAGAAGAUAAAACCGGUCAAGCAGGACACAGUCGGUCACAGGGACAGAGACAUCAGACUGAUGAGCCACGGCAGAAGCAGUCCUAUGCAUCAGAACAAUGCGAGCAGACAGCAAGAACAACAGCUGACAGCUGUAAUGAGACUCAUUCUACUCAGGCAGCUGUAAUGAAGACAGAAAGACAUGUGUUGGGUUCCAAAGCACCUCAGGCAAACACGCAGCAGACGGCCCCCACCUCAGGAGUAGGUGUGGAAAACAAACAUCCAGAGAGAGCAUGGACAAUGUCCUCUCCAGCUGUUGAGGCAACACUGCAACCCGUUGUCUCCAGCUCAGUUUCAUCUCACAUACCUGUAACCAAGAUUACACCACCUGUGAAUCCACCCUCCAACAAUGCCACUCCUCAGAGACCCCCUCCAGAUCACAUGGACGAUGACAGCAAUGACUAUGAUUCAGAUGAUGCCACCACACUGGGAUCUCUAGAGUUCAGCCUCCUUUAUGAACACGAGAAUCAUGCCCUACACUGCUGCAUCAUUAAAGCUAAGGGUUUGAAAGCAAUGGAUUCUAAUGGACUCGCAGAUCCAUAUGUUAAGCUACAUUUGCUACCUGGAGCCAGUAAGUCCAACAAGCUCCGCACCAAGACACUUAAAAACACCCUAAAUCCUGUGUGGAACGAAACACUAAUCUACCACGGCAUCACUGAUGAGGAAAUGCAACGCAAAACCCUCAGGCUUUCAGUGAGCGAUGAGGACAAGUUUGGACACAAUGAAUUCAUUGGAGAGACACGGGUUGCCCUAAAGAAACUGAAGUUUGACCAGAAAAAGAAUUUCAGUGUUUGUUUGGAGAGAGUGAUCCCGGUGAAGAAGGCUGUUGGAGGAUCAAUUCGAGGCAUGGCACUCUAUGAGGAUGAUGUGAAUGAAGGCGAGGACUCAGAGGAGAGGGGCCGCAUCCUGAUAUCACUGACGUACAACAGUCAACAGAGUCGUCUGAUAGUGGGUGUGGUCCGCUGUGCUCACCUGGCUGCCAUGGACUCCAACGGGUACUCGGAUCCCUUCGUCAAAAUAUGCCUGAGGCCAGACAUGGGAAAGAAGGCCAAAAACAAGACGCAGAUAAAAAAGAAGACCCUUAACCCAGAGUUUAACGAGGAGUUCAGUUAUGAAAUCAAGCAUGCCGAUCUCGCCAAGAAAACACUUGACGUAUCAGUCUGGGACUAUGACAUGGGCAAAUCCAACGAUUUCAUCGGGGGAUGUCAGCUAGGAAUCCAGGCUAAAGGAGAGUGUUUGAAACAUUGGUACGAAUGCCUCAAGAACAAAGACAAGAAGAUUGAGCGCUGGCAUGUUCUGCUUAACGACAACACCGUCCAGUUUGAGGAUUAAAUUAUCCAUAAAUUACUCAAUUAUCUGCUACUUUAUUUCAUUAUUUCCCCACUAAAUGUUGUUUUUCUGUUUAUACACGUAGACAAAUUCCUUCCUAUGUUUUGAUGUAGUUUUCCCAGAAGUACAAUGUGAAUUUUCAUUUUCUUGUGACAAACAUGGAUGUCGAUCUAAAGUAACCCCACCUACCCCUCCACCCCUCCUAAAGUAAUCCAGGAAGCGUAUCAUAUCAUGUAUCCUGUAUAUGAUAAAUGAGCCUCUGAACUCAUUGUUUAUCAUAAUUCAUGGGGAAGAUAAAGUUUUUGUUACCGCUGUUAUCAGGUGAGAAUGUUGUAUUGAAGUGUGCACAGAUCCUCAGACUCAACAGAGGGAUUUCCCGGUUGACUUCUUCUCACCCCAUUAUGUCACUCUAGUGGCCACGUCAUUGCUGGGUGAAGAGGUCAGCUUUCCUGAUAUAUCUAAUCAUAUCGUAUCAGUGGAUGUGUAAUGUUAUUCUGGUGUGUAAGUCAUCCAAAACAAACAAAUGUGUGUGUGUGUGUGUGUGUGUGUGUGUGUGUGUGUGUAUAUAUAUAUAUAU